AUGGAAAACAUGAGUUCAGACAGAAGAGAAGAAAACCUUACAAACAGUCAUGAUUCAGAAAGGGUAUAUAAGCUGAGAAAGAAAAACUUUCAAAAACGAUUAACUAGUCAAUUAAUAUUCUUUGGUUAUGUGUGUAUUACGUUUCAAUAUAUCAAAUAUGGUACUUCAUUUUUCGUUCUUCUAUACAGAUGCUUAUUGCAAUCAAUAUUAACUGCCCCUUAUCCUAGUGAUAGCCAGUUGCGUAGAAUCACAGAGAAUGCGUUAUCUCGAGAAAAUGAAAGUGAUAUAUCGACAUCCUCAAUACCAUAUAUCAAUAAUAACCUUUUACAAUAUUCAUUAACUGGAGCAAACGUAGAAAUGCCCGGUUCAUUCGAUGAAGGUAUCUCUGGCACAGCAUCUCCUUCAGAACAAAGUAUUCAAGACUCUAUAGAAAAUUUAAAACUACGUGCAAGGAAAUAUUUAUUUCACUGGUCAUUUACUUUCAAUUUAAUGUUCAUUUUAUGGGACUUCAUAUUUCCUGUUGACUUUUUAGCAAGAUUUGAUGGUGAAAACUCUCCUGACGAUAGAUUCAAGAAUUUGCCAUCUCCUUAUAUCAAUGGACACGGUCUAUUGGGAGGCGAGAAAAGUUAUGGUAUUUUUGUUCAAAUGAUAGGGCAAGCUAUGCCAGAUAGUAACUUAAAAGGUAAUAUAGGUUUAAUAUUAACUGAUAUACUUAUAUUAUGUUGUCAAUAUUCGCUCUUUAUAUUAACUGCUAUUAAUUUUGCUUCAUUUAAGAACGAAGAGCUCAAUGAAAAUGAUGUAGAUAUUGAACAUGAACGUUUAAAUUUCCCUCAAAGUAAUGGAUAUGAUGGAAGAGUUCUUGUGACGAAAAUUGAUCCCGUCAACACAGUAUCCAAAAUCAUAAAAGGGUCCACCUCCCAAAGAAGUGAUUAUUCAAGUGUCUAA